CAUCAGAGUCUCGUCUCCCUACUCCUCAGUACCCCCAGCCGUCUCCUCGACUUCUCACCCCCACGCUGGCCUCUCCCAUUUCAGAAAUCGCAAUUCAUCCCGUCUCCUCGUCUUCUGUUCUCCAUCAAUCUAACUUUCAAUUCCAAGACAAGAGAGAUUUAUUAGGGUUAAAUAGAGGAACGGAAGAUGAAUCUUUUAGUUCUCCAUCUCUUUUUCUCCAUAGCUCCAAACCGAAUGAUCCAGCGACCAUCAUCAAUCAACACCUCCUCCUGCUGCCACCAAAUCAAGCAAUCGAUCGAUUCAACUAUUGGUCGAUUCAUCCAAGGCUUUUCCAUCAAUGGAUCAAGAAAACUGUGUCUUGAAUCAUAAUGCAAAUGAUGCUUCUCCCAUUCAACCUAGCCCCAACUCCAAUGCUGCACCAGAAGACACACCUGUUGCAGUUGACACUCAGGUUCAAAAUGAGCCUGGAAAUGGAGUCAACAACAAUGGUGGUGGUGAGCAGGGCACUGAUGCCAAAGGUGGUAAUGAAGGAAAAUUGUAUUCUAAAUGGUGGGCUCAUUUCACCAAAGUAGAAGUUAACAAGAAAAAGAAGGCUCAAUGCAAAUAUUGCAAUCGGUUAGUUCUUGGAGAUCCGAAGCAAGGGACAAGCCAUCUUAAGAAGCAUUAUGAAAGAUGUCCCAAAUGCAAGGUUACAGUGGAUAUAAGACAACAACUCUUACAAGGCAAUUUCAGCAAGGAGAAAUUCCAACUCUCCCCAUUCAAUUUUGAUCAGCAGAACUCUCGCAACGAGCUUGCAAAGGCUAUUAUAAAACACGAGUAUUCGCUGUCUAUGGUUGAUCAUGAAGGCUUUAGGAGCUUUGUUACAAGUUUGAAUCCAUUAUUCAAGAUGGUCUGUAGAAACACCAUCAGGAAAGACUGCAUCAACAUUUAUGAUCUUGAAAGAGAUGCCGCUAUGCAACUUGUGGACAGUAAUGAAGGUCGUGUGGCUGUUACAACUGAUAUGUGGACGUCAAGUUCUCAAAAGAAGGGAUUCAUGGUCAUCACAGCUCAUUAAAUUGACAAUGAUUGGAAGCUACAAAGUCGAGUCAUUAGGUUCAUUUACGUGCCAGCACCACAUACCAGCGAUGUAUUGUGCGAAGAGUUAUUUAAUUGUUUGACGGAGUGGAAUAUCGACACCAAAUUAUCUGCCAUAACAGUUGAUAAUUGCUCCACCAACGAUGCAAUGAUCUCCCUAUUGUCGGAGAAACUUCCAGUGGAGUCUCUUUUACUUGGAGGUAUGAUGAUUCAUGUUCGAUGUUCAGCACAUAUCCUUAACUUGAUUGUGAGAGAAGGGCUGAAAGUUAUUGGAGGGGCCAUUGAAAAAAUUCGAAAAAGCGUCCACUUUUGGUUGGGAACGCCAAAAAGGUGGGAGAAGUUCCAGCAAACAGCUAAUCAAAUGAAAAUGAAAAUCGGUAAGAAGCUUAUUCUUGACUGUGAGACUCGUUGGAAUUCAACUUACAUGAUGCUGGAUAUUGCAAAGAAGUAUAAAGAUGUUUUUGCUAAGCUGAAGAAUCGUGAUCCGUUGUAUAAAUGUGUGCCAAGUGAAUCUGAGUGGAACAUGACUGAAGUGAUCUGUGAUAAACUAAAAAUAUUUUAUCAGGCAACUCUAGUGUUUUCUGGCACAAAGUAUCCUACUGCCAACUUAUUCUUUCCUAUCAUUUGUGAGAUUAAAUUGGCUUUGAAACAAUGGGCUGAUUGUGGUAUCGACAUUAUUGAGUCAAUGUCCUUAGAAAUGAUAGAGAAAUAUGAUAAGUACUGGUCAGAGGUGCAUUUGGUGAUGGGGGUAGCCGUUGUUCUUGAUCCAAGAUACAAGGCUGAGGUAUUUCAGUGCUACUUUCCUAAAAUUUAUCUAGAGAACAGUAAAUUUGAGAGAGACAAGAUAGUUGGGUUGUGCCGUCAGCUGUUAGUGGAAUACGAGCAGAAAGACAGGGAAGAGGAACAAGUGAAUAAUGAUAAGGGCAAUGUGGAAGCAGCUGCAAGCAGUCAGACAUCAUUUGCUCUUACAUUUGAUACUUAUGCUUCUCAAAAGAAAAGGAAACAGCCCGAGAGAUCAGAGCUGGAUGCUUAUUUGGAUAAAGAUAUUGUACGAAAUGGGGCUGAUUUAGAUGUCUUGGCUUGGUGGAAAUCAAACAUGGGGAAAUAUCCUAUCUUGCAUAAGGUUGCAAGAGAUUUUCUAUGUAUUCCGGUGUCAACUGUUGCUUCAGAGUCUGCUUUCAGCACAAGUGGAAGGGUUAUUAGUCCUCAUCGUAGUAGGCUUAGUCCGCAGACCAUAGAAGCUCUAAUGUGUGCGCAAAAUUGGCUAUUUGCCAAAUCAACAGAAGUAGGUCCUCAAUCAAAAGACCACUCAGAUUCAGAGGAAGAGUUGGAGCCUGGAGGGCAGAAUUGAGGUAAAGGAAAAAAUCCAGCUUUAUAACUAAUUCAACACAUUUCAGACCUGCUUCUCAGACUUCUCGGAAACAUAAAGAUGUGGCUUGGAAGGGUGGAGCUCUUGAGGAACCAUUGAACUCAAGUUUGAGGAAAGUGUUGCAGACUUACAGUGGUGAUUUCAGCAUACACCAGCAGUGAUAUUUGCCUUGUGCCUUUUCUUUUUUGUUUGAUUAUGAACAAGUACUAAUCCAAAGUAUUUCUAUACUUUUGGAUUUCAAAGGGAGACGUUUGAUUUGUGGUUUGAGAUUUUGAACUCUGCACUAUGACGAUGAUGGUUACCAGAUUAUUAUUAGCUUGCUUUGAAUUGUUAUUUAAUCUUCAAUUAGGCUG